CACCGACAGAUGGAGGACGAAGUUAGGUGGCGGAACGGAGCAUGCCCGGGUGCCGGCCGUUACGUCACUAGAGUUUACUUCCGGUAAAGAUGGCGGCGCGAAGGCGAACGCAAGAGGAGAAAAAUUUAAAGACUUUAAGAGAAUUAGCGUCGUUGCCAGCUAACAAGCAAUGCUUCGAUUGCCGACAGAGAGGACCCACUUACGUAAACGUCACAAUAGGAUCGUUCGUGUGUACGUCAUGCGGCGGAAUCUUGCGAGGUUUGAAUCCACCGCAUCGAGUCAAAUCCAUUACCAUGGCCACCUUCAGUAUGGAAGAAAUAGAAUUUAUAAAAAGUAGGGGAAAUGAGUAUUGUCAGUACGUGUGGAUGGGGCUCUACGAUUCCAGAGUGUUAGAACCAGAGUCCCGUGAUGAACAGAGAAUCAGAGAUUUUAUGAUACAAAAGUACGAGAGAAAACGAUGGUAUGUGGAUCCGGACAUAGCCACGAAAAAGAUGCAUCAGGACCAACAGCAGAGGCAGAAUUCUGUGCCAUCCAGCUCUUCUCAGAGCAGUCUUGUCCCGGAGACGCAGCCUCUCUCAUCUCUCCUGGGCAACAACGUUGCUUCUCUAGUCGUCCAGCAUGGUCAGGGUAACACGAAUUCGUCGUGGCUGCCGGCCGUCACGUCGUCCACGGCCCACCAGGCAUCUCUGACAAACACAAAGACCCAAUCCAAGGGUCAUUUUGAAUUCAACAGUUUUGAUGAAAAUGUUUUUAAUAACACAAAGUCGUCGGCAGAAGCAACUAGUGCAAAUGGAAAUUUUGCCAAUUUUGAAAGUGCUUUCAACACCCCAGCCUUGACUACUACCACUACUACUACUGCUACCACUACUGUCACUACUCAGAGUACCUUUCAUCAACGGAAGGCCUGUACGCCUCCGGCCGGAUGGACGUCUUUUGACGACGAUCUGGAUCCUCUCCGUUCCACGUCUUCCCUUCCGCCUUCCUCCUCUUCCUCUCACAGACAACCCAACGUUCCCCGUCCUCCCCAAUCCAAACUUCCCGACAAUGGCAGCAUUGCCGGCAGCACGGCGAUGCCCAGACCCCUCAGUCUGCCAACUUUCUCUCCGACGAAUCCUUUCUCGCCUUCGUCUAACAAGCUUUCCGAGAAGUCAACGCCGUCUCAGUGGCCGUCUUUUCCAGUUACCUCCGGUGCCACGGUUCGCCCCGCCCCCUCCAGUGGCAGACGGACGGAUGUCCCAGUGGCCAACGCCCCUCCCCUUGGUGGACGUCCCAAGAACGAGUCCCAGUUGAAUUCGCAGCCUACCUCGCGUCCGGUCCAGCCUCCUCCUGCCGACAGAUACGCGGCCCUGGCAGACCUGGACAACCUGUUCCACCAGACGCCCACGAGUGGUACCUCCAACUGGUCUGCCAGCGACAACUAUCUCUUUGGGAACACUGUGACGCUCAAGAACGAGGGGACAGGUAAUUAUGCAGGUGAAAUAGGAUCGAAUCCGUUCGGCACCGAUUCCCUCGGAUGGAACAAGCAGCCGGUGUCCCAGCAACAGGCCGUUCCGACGUUUGCGACGGCAAAUCCCUUUCAGACAGCGGUUUCCGCUCCCGGAAUUGUGGUCCAGCCUACCGUGGCUUUUGGAGCUUCCGUGGAAGAGGGAUAUGCGGGAUUCGGAACGGGUGUGAACUUCGCAACAUUUCCCACGGGCAAUGUGGCUGGAUCACCCAAUGGCAUUCCCACAAACCAGUUUGGGACCCAGAAUGGCUUUGGAGUCAGGCAGCCGGUCGUAGCCUGGGGCGCACCGGGAGCAAACGUUGGCCCGUGGGGAACCGGCCUAGUCAACCACCAGAACGUGGCCCAGCCGACCUUUCCGGAAGCAAAACUGGAACAGAGUGCGAGUCCCUGGAUGCAACAGACCAUUGCUGCAAAUCCGUUCUUGGAGAGGAACGGCGCAACAGUCCCAAGAACAAAACCCGGCAAUCCAUUUCUAUAACAGAUGAGAAACCAACAAGUAGCGAAAGACUAUCCCCACAUCACGUUCCUGCACGAAUUGUAGGACCAAGUACUGCAUUUAAAAAUCAGUACUCCAUUUGUGCUUCAUCUCGCUGCUUACUCUUUGCAUUCUGAUGAGUGAAACAGCUUAGUUCCUUCUUUUUUUGUGUUUGACUUCAAAAGAAUUUUUUAAAAAAAGCAUCAGAAGUUGUAAAAAUUGAAGUAAUCUUAAUUGUAAUAUACAGACUGGAACCUCCCCGUGUUUUGAGAUGGCAUUAUUACUUAGAAUACUUGAAUAUAUAUAAUGUAAUUAAAAGUUAAAUGAGAAUAAUCCAUAAUUUGCAAAGUAUUCUCACUCGUACGACGGUUCUAGUCCAAAAUUUGAGAAAAUUGUGUUGUUACUCGUAUCGUCCAAAGCAUACUUUUAAAAUGUUACCUUUCGACCAUUUUAAUUUUACUACCAUCAUUACUUCACGCAUUCCCAGUUUCCGGGACGAGCUUAAUGUCGGUGCGUCUCCUUUUCUCUCAUUGAUCAUAAAUGCCAUCGAGUGUAAACACGUUUUCGAAUCAUUUGUGAUUUAUAAUGUAUAGAUAUAUCAGAUUGUAUUUGCUUGAUUUUUGAAGAAAUUUGUGAUGCCAAAUAAACUGCUGUAUCUUACUCCGCUGCAAAUGUCACUUCACUUUCGUCGGAGGCCGCGCGGAUCUAGUGUUACCGCGGACGCAAUUCUAUUCUUCGUCUGGCAUUCCGCUUUGACUCGCGUUUUAUUUUACUCGUUACGAGGGAGUGCUUUAGACGUCUGACCGUCUGUUGCUAGAUAGAAAAAGCCGGUCGGCGGACAUCUAAAACUAGAGCGUCAGUCUCUAAAUAUUUCACGGAAAACGUCCGAAGUAAAUUUAAAUUAUUUGAUAGAAAGAAUGUAAAAGAAUUCUUGUAGUUAGUUAGUUUCAGAUUUAGAAUUUAUAAUUAAAUUUGUUUGAAUAAAAUUUAUACAGUUAUGA